GCAUUUGCAAUAUCUGCGAAACUGCAAUGCGCAGGCUGUUGAAUUAGAGUGAUGAACGAUCCCGCCCUGGACCCGUUCCAAAACCCCCCCUUAAGAUCUGGACUGCAGAGAUUGUGUAUCAUAAGAUUAAUGACGUUGCCUCUAUUACGUUGCCACUGUACCUGCACCUUUAGUAUAACAGCGCCGGCUGACUGCAUGAAUGCUUGCUAUGACUCCACCCCCCCUUUAAUUAAGAUACUUCCCUCAACUCUAAGAGAAGAGAUGGCGAGAGAGUUCAUAUCAACAACAUGGGAGACUCUCCAGAUAGCAUAUCAACUUGCAGUGGAUCCCCAAACAGUGUUUCACCAUCAGUUCCCAUCGUCGAAUAUUAUCCAGACCAUCCACUAAUACAACAACUAAACAACACCUGCUCCAAUGGAACACUCCAAGAGGUACAAGAACUCAUUGCCCAAUGGAAAAGCAUGCCACAGCCCUCCUCAUCCCAUGGACCAAUGCAUAACCCUAUGAGCAGGCUAGACCCAGUCUUGCACACUGCAAUUAAAGCGAAUCGUGUCGACAUCGUCGCGUACCUACUUGACCAAGGCAUUAGGGUUACCCGUAAAGCAGCCUGGGAGGCUGUAAAAUGCAAAUGCUCUUCUGCCCUAUGGCAGGUUCUCUUCGAUCACGGCCUUGACAUCAAUGAGCCACUAGACGACGCGUUAUGUCCUCCCCCAUUGGCCUACGUCCUCCAAGACGAGGACCUGGCGCGGUGGUUCCUCUCCCACGGCGCCGACCCCAACGCAGAGUCCCACCACGGCCUGAGCCCUUUCCUGCGCGCCAUAAGCACGUCCCCCCUCGCCCCGCUCACCACCGUGCGCAUGCUCCUGGACGCGGGCGCGUCGCUCGCCGUCGCCGUGCCGUUCGCAUGCUCCGCGCCCGAGAGCGAGGGCGCGCGUCGGCUGGAGAUCCUGCGCUUCCUCCUCGACGCGGGCGCGGACCCGGAUGCGCCGAAGUGGGCGCACAACCGGCACGGGCGCGGGAAUGACUUCGACUGGGGCUGUGGUCUUAACAUCGCGCUUGCGGGGCGCGCGGGGGAGCUGGCGGAGGAGUUGUUGGGGAGGGGCGCGCGCACGGAUGUGAGGACGUGCAAUUUGCUGUCGCGGGGGGAGACGGCGCUGGAGCUUGCGUAUCGGUAUGUGCCGAGGCUUGGGCCUGUGGUUGAGGAGGGUAGGAGGGUGAGAUGGGGGGCGCGAGGAGAGUAGGGAGACGGUGUUGGAAAUAGCGAGACUGUGUUGUACGCACGGUAUUGUGCUUGGAGGUUACGACGCCGUUGGAUGUUAAAGAGAGAUUGGGUAGGUAGAUACCUACUCACCUUGGAAGGCAUAUUGUGUGGUUUAAGGGGUACUGGGAGUUACCCCUAUUUCUUCAGGUAACCCCUGAAUGAGCCGCACAAAGUCACCAGUUGAGAAUUGAUAGAUAUUUAUUAAAUUACCUCAGCGUAUCUGGGUAUCUAUAGUAGCACAACUCACUCCAUCCAUCAACGAGCCCCCCUCCCCCGUCUCUACUCCCGCACAAUCCGCC